AUGGAGUCCAUGUUGAGGAAACAAAAAGAAAUGUUGUCCAAGAUUGCCAGCGGCAAUGGACAUGGUGAAAAUUCUCCUUAUUUUGAUGGUUGGAAGGCAUAUGAAACCGAUCCAUAUCAUCCCACCAAAAAUCCCAAUGGAGUCAUCCAGAUGGGUUUAGCAGAAAACCAGCUUUGCUUUGAUUUAGUUCAACAAUGGCUCUUGAACAACCCAGAAGCCUCCAUUUGCACUGCUGAAGGUGUGAAUGAUUUCAGGAACAUCGCCAUCUUUCAAGACUAUCAUGGUUUGCCAGAGUUCAGAAAUGCUGUUGCAAAAUUUAUGGGUAAAGUUAGAGGGAAUAGAGUCAAAUACGACCCUGACCGCAUUGUUAUGAGUGGUGGAGCAACCGGAGCACAUGAGACGGUUGCCUUCUGUUUAGCCGAUCCCGGUGAAGCAUUUUUGGUGCCAACUCCUUACUAUCCAGGAUUUGAUCGAGAUUUGAGAUGGAGAACUGGAGUUCAACUUGUUCCAGUUGAAUGUUACAGCUCUAACAAUUUCGAGAUUACAAGAGAAGCCAUGGAAGCAGCAUACCAAAAAGCUCAAGAAGACAACAUCACAAUAAAGGGUUUGCUCCUGACCAAUCCGUCAAACCCUCUGGGAACUUAUUUACACAGAGAAACACUCAGAAGUCUAGUGAACUUCAUCAAUGAAAAGAACAUCCACUUAGUCUGCGACGAGAUUUAUGCCGCCACAGUCUUCUCAGGCCAGCGUGAUUUCAUCAGCAUCUCUGAGAUAAUAGAGGAAGACACUGCCUGCAAUCGCAAUCUCAUCCACCUUGUUUACAGUCUUUCAAAGGACAUGGGGUUCCCCGGCUUUAGGGUUGGAAUAAUUUACUCAUACAACGACACCGUUGUGAGUUGCGCCCGCAGAAUGUCCAGCUUUGGACUUGUGUCUUCACAAACUCAACAUCUGAUUGCAUCAAUGUUAUCAGAUGAUGAAUUUGUUGAUGGGUUCUUAAUGGAGAGUGCUAAAAGGUUAGCCAAAAGGCACAGGGCCUUCACUUGUGGGCUAUCUCAAGUGGGCAUCGGUUGUUUGAAGAGCAAUGCGGGGCUAUUUUUAUGGAUGGAUUUACACCAUCUCCUCAAGGAGCAAACUUAUGAAGCAGAGAUGAAGCUAUGGAAAGUGAUAAUUGACGAAGUUAAACUAAAUGUUUCUCCUGGUUCUUCUUUUCAUUGCCCUAAUCCAGGAUGGUUCCGGGUUUGCUUUGCCAACAUGGAUAAGGAAACCAUGGAAGUUGCUUUAUCAAGAAUUAGAAGCUUUAUGCGUAAGAAUAAGGAGCCGAAGUUGCCUGUGAAGAAAUUGUGCUGGACAAAAAGUCUCAGACUCAGCACUUCAUUCAAGAGAUUGGAUGAUAUCAUAAGCUCGCCGUGCAUGUCUCCUCAAUCACCUCUUGUUCGAGCCAGAACUUAAUUAAUUCGGUGCAACAAUGUCACAGGCUGACUGUCCCAUGACACAAACUGUGCGACACUUAACGGCAACUCUCGCUAAGUCAGUCUUAUACAGUCAAGUGUAACGAUUAAUGAUUACUCAUGCAUGCAUUUUUUUCUUCUAAGGAGUUUUACCUUUUCUGCAUCUAAUAGGAGUAGGGUUUCAUGCAUCCUAAAUAAUCAGAAUUGUGACCUAUAUGAUGGAGGCUCUUCAUCAUUUGGGUUUUUCUUUCUGGUUCAAGCAUACUUCUGUCCCAUGUCGUUCCUUGAAUGUGUUUUUACUUUUUCACAAGCAAAGUGUAAGUGAUGACCAAAGUAACUUGUUUGUAAGUUGAUAUUUCCCAACAUCUUGUUACGAAAUGUUCUAUAUUUACGUGGAUUUUAA